GACCGGCCCGCCGGCACUUCCGGUGCGGCGGCGGCAUGGACGGCACCCUGCGCUACUGGAGGGCGGAGGGGCAGUCGUUCUUCCAGAGGUUUCUCCUCUGGGCGGACGCCUUGGAUCCGCUGCUGCUCCUCAAGUCCCCGAAUGAAAUACAGAGAACCAGGUUAUUAAUGCAAAUCAAUGAGAAGAGUGAGCCCAUACAGAAUAACCAGACCAAACAAGCCUUCUUGCUAAGCCUGUCCAGUGUACAUCCUGAUACAGACAAAAUAAUUCCUAUUUUAUUUAGACCUCCAGCUUUCAUGCCCAUAACUCUUCCCUUGGUCAUUGUUUCAUCUGUUCAGCAUCAGGCAAAGCAUUCUUUUUUUUGGCAGUUUGUGUUUCACACAUACACCACAGCAUUCACUCUGGUAAAUGGAAAUGGCACCCCAAAGGCUGAAGGAUACUCACUUCAGCAAAAGCAGCUCUUCCUUGGCUUGGGAGCCAUUUCCUAUUCAGCCUGUAUUGGUGCUCUGCCUCUUGCCUUUUCGAAUCGUUAUGCAUUGAAGAGCCCAUUAAUGCAACUUUUUGUCAAAAAACUGCUACCUGCUCCUCUGCUUGGUCUGAUGAGUGCAUUUACUGUGGCGAUAGUGAGAAGUCCAGAAUUUGACAAUGGGAUAGAAGUGAUGGACAGGAAUGGCAAUGUUAUAGGAGUGUCUAAGAAGGCUGGUGAGAAGGCUGUUAUGGAAACAGCAUUGUCCAGAGCAGUCUUGUUUGGGACAACGUUCUUCCUGCCAGAAGUGCUCAUGUACUUUGUGCAGAGAGCAAGAUUUGUUAAAAAUCCUCGUGCUUUGGGUCCAGUGAGGAUGUUUGUGAUUAUGUCAGUCCUAGCAGGGAUGCUGCCAGUCUCAUUUAGUAUGUUCCCACAGUGUGGGGAGAUAAAGCGAGCAGACCUUGAACCAGAAAUUCUGACAUCUACAGAAGAAACAGAGUUCUUCUACAACAGAGGGAUUUAGAGCCUGGCUUUUAUAUAUAAAUGUGUGCUCUGAUCCAAGUGAAUUCUGAAUGCACCACUGGCAUUUGUGACUGAACUGUGAUUCUGUGGUGGCAGAGGUGCCAGAUCUGGUGUACCAUGGUGUGACUGUACAGAGGCAGAACUUGGCAACCUGGCUUUGCCAGCCCCAGCCUGGAGGCACAUAAACACACCUCACUGAUGCUGAAAAGUGCUAGAAAAGCACUGUAACACAGCCUUUGUCACAACCUGUGUUCUGUGCUUCCUCUGGUGAUUGAUUUCUUAAUUAAAUAACUGUUGAGUAUGUAAGUUUGUUCUGCUGCUGCAGCUUCUGGUGCACUUCUUUCCAGGAACCCAGCUGGUGAAGGCUUUGACAUCAGGACUCCUGUGGCUAAAGUCCAGCUGGUUCUUCUCAGAACACUUUGAUGUUUUCAGUGACCUAACAAUGCUCAUUUUUAGGAUGAGACGUGAGUGAGGCAGCCCUUAAAGUGAUACUAGACAUGGCAGUAGAAUAUUGGUUUAAUUUAGUUGUUUAAAAGGUGUUAAGGAAAUGAGUGUCAAGUUUGACUACCAAUUAAUGUCUGGCUUUCUAAACAUCCUUGAAGGAGUUCUGAAGCCUGAUGGCCCUUGAGCUUUAGAACUUGUUUUUUUACACUGAAGCCAUGAGGAGAUCCCAUUUCUUUCUGAUCUGGACAAUGAGGAAUUCCACAUUUGCAGGUUGGCUGUGUUCAUCCAAAGAAAGCAAGCUCUUUUGAUAUGUGGCAUCAUUUUGGUAUGUUGAUCAGCAAGGUGAUACAUUUUGCUGAUCCUGUGUAAUUAUUCAGGGACUCAGUUGUCUGGGAAGAGCUGCAGAAAGAGCUUACAGUAGAUCCUGUGAUUGUGACAAUAUCUUCAGUGAUUUUUCACCUCUCCUUCAACCCCUGCCUAUAGUUAUAUGAGGUGCUGCUCAGGCUGUGUGACAAGGAUGGAAAUGCACUAAAUAAUGUAAGAUUAUAUAUGUGAAAGUGAUUAUCACAAGUGCAGCCUCCAAAGUGUGCCAUAAUUUAACUUCCUUACGGCACAAUAUGCAGGUCACUGCUCUCCUGUUGCUGAAGGAUUGGAUUUCUUUUCACAGUAUGAGGAAAACAAUGAUUGCCCAAUCCAUCCUACAGGAAGAGAGCAGCAUAGAGCAAAGUAAGGAAAAACAGCAGGCCUGGACUCUUGCAAGAAGAGAUUCCUGCUGUGCUUUUGGCAUUGAACAAAAGCAGGAAGUUGGAGGUUGAGUUUAAUUUCUUGUUCGAGUUCUGCCUUUUUUGAGCCUUCCUCUAACAACUUACUGGAGGGAAAGAUCAGACAAGGGGAGAGAGGAGCAGCAGCAUUUCCUAAGGACCUGGAACUGGAGGGGAAUGUGCUGUAAAGCAGUUCCUGGAAGACCAUAUGGAUACUGUCUGUAAUGGCCAGGUAAAGGAUUAUUUACACCUGCUAAACUCUGCCACCUCAGCCUCUGUGGGUGCUGUUCUUCAGUACAUGGUAAAAUCUCAUCAAGGUCAACAAGAUAAUUGUGUUGUGUCAGACCAAAGGGUCUGCUGAAGUAAAUGUCAUCUGCUCCUGGCAGGAGGUGAGAACUAGAUGAUUUUCAGGGUCACUUCCAACCCAAACCAUUCUAUGAAUCUACCACAGGGUCACGUGGAACAGGCUUAAGCCUCAGCCUGCCUCUGGCUGAAGUGUUUGUCUCCUUCCAAACCUUUAAUAGCAGAGGCACAGAUAACAACCUGUAGUUAAAUGAUCUACACCAUGUUUCUCUAUUCCUAUUUCAGUCACAUACCAAAGGCAAAUGCAGAAAGGGUCUGAUUCCACUCCCAAUAAACAGUAACUGGCACUACAGUGAAAACCUGCACCUCUCCCCACUCCUUUUUUAAACAUAACUUAAGAAUGGCUAAAGUAAAUGCUAGUUACAUUAACCACAGUGGGAACAAGCUAAAAACCCAAAACCUAGGAGUAGAGCAAAGCCAACAAAUAGAAGAGAAUAUAUUGUGAACUUUGGAUUGUCAUGGUAACUAGACAAGCUAUAAAUUCACUGGCAACACAGUUGGAUGUUUUAAGCAAAUUGAUGUCAUUACAACUUCAUGAGUAAGGCUUCUGGAAUAGGUCUAGUAACAGUGUCUGUUAUUACAGCUGUCCCUUCUCAAACUCACCAGCUCCUUACUGCAUACUUGAGCUGAAAUUUGCCAUAUUAAACCCAGCUCUCUCAGGAUUAUUAAAUCCCCCUUUCCCCCAUUCUCAUAAAAGUUUCUGUUGCCCAAACCAGAAUUUUCUGGAAGAGGAGGGCAGGUGCCUGCCAUUUAUUUAAAUUGUCAGCCUGGCUGAUUCAGCUGCUUCCCAAAUCAGGGCAGGGAAAAUACUUUGCUAGAAAGGCCCUGGCAUCCUCAGCCUUGGGCCAGUCACUGAGAUGAGAACUGCCAGGACCAGCCACCUGGUAGUCCAGAGGUACAAGUCAGGGAACAAGACUGGGACAAGCAGCAAACCAUCAUGUUUGAGGGACCUGGGAAGAGGAAACCUUCCCCUUUGCAAUGUGGAAUAGAUUACCAACAUACCAGCCCAAGGCAGGUCUGUCUGCUGCCUCAGCUGGCCCUUAAGUGACAGUGCAUUAGUGGUACAACCAGUUAAGUUGUGGUGAAUGACAACAGAUGGAAGCUUUCAGCUUCAAGGAAAACAGAAGUCUUAGUACAGCACAAGAUGCUGUGCCUCACACCCUCAGCUUGUCGUCUUGAAAUGUAGGAAAAUCCAGUGAGGCUUUCAGGCCCCUUUAAUGUAGCUUAAAAAAAAUCAGCCACUCCCAUGUUAAGAAACAGAGAUCAAAACCCUUCUCAGCUGGAGCUGUGUCCCUGCUUUACCCCCAGGCCUGCUGAUUUUCCCUUUUCCCUACAAGCUGAGGGUGGAGGAAGGAAGGAAGGAUGAAGGCAGGGAGAGAGUCCUGCCCUGCAGCUCCUUCCCUAUGGGAUAGCAAACACCACGUGCUGCACAGUGUCACUCAGGAGGGAACUUGGGAGUCUCCUCCCAUCCCACAUCACUCAGCAGCUCCAAGGAAUGCCUUCACCUGACCAGAGAUGCUCUGACUCAGACUGCAGCCAGCCAGCUGCCUAGGGAAGGGUGUUUGGCACUGUGAGGCAGCUGGGAACUCCCUACACUGAGCUUCAUGGCUUGUUUUUUAUCUAGAAAUGGAACUGCUUCAACUCACAUCUCACACCACACAAUUAACAAACCCUCAGAAACCAGGAGCAGUCAGAGCCAAAAGCAGAAGCAGCCAAGACAUUUAAGUUGGAUUCUGUCAAAAAUCCCAUGUCAAGUUUUUCCAGGUUACAAAGCAUUACACUGCUCUCCAUUGAACAUUCCCCCUUCACACAUUUGCCUGCAGGGGAAACAGGGCAGGGCAGCUCACACCAGGAACUAAAACCCCAGGAUGAAAGCAGUAAAGCAAGUAACCCAAUUUACUCAACAAAAUCUCAACUGCAGGGACUGAGUGUUUGUCCUGCUCCCCUUUGGAAGCCUCUGCCCUGUUCACUCUUUACCCUCCAAUUUCUGCCAAGGUAGUGGAGAUGUUAUGGUGCAGGAACCAUUCACCAUUUUGUAUUUCUCCAAGAACAGAAAGGUAGUAAGAUGAAAAGAUAUGAAUAAAAAUUUUGUUUUAAACAGCCUUUGCUUCUAGGAGGAAGAAAGGAUGUCAUCUGACUGCAAAAAAGCAACUGCACUCUCAGUCUGCUUGUGUGCAUCCUGGGGAAAGGGAAGUGAGAAAUAAAUAGAAAUAUUUUCCUGUCCUGACCUUGCAAAUUUUUCUAUUUUAUUUUAAACAUUUUUGAAAAGAAGCAGUGUCAAAAUUCAUUGAGAAAAUGCAAGAACAUUAAGACAAUCCUUUGAACGCACUGAAGCUGAGGGAGGCAAAUAAAUCUUGUACAGAGCUGAUGAUAAAAUCAGCAAUGACAGAAGUGUUUGAACAUUUCCAACCUAAAGACCAAACCAUAGCUCAAUCCCAGUACUGCAAAACUAAGAGCUAAAGCCUGUGACUCCAUGGUCACACUAUUCACGAAUAAAUUUACAUAAAUUAAAGGGUAGACUGUUCAGGAAUUUUUUAAUAGGCAUAAGCAUGCUAUGAGUCCAGUUCCUUAAGUGCAAAAUUGUAUUUAAUCUAUGUUGCACAUAUGUCAGGAGAUCUAAUACAACACUGAGAUUUUCAACUGAAACAUUUCCAGAACAGAAAUCAGUACAGGCAUUCAAGGUUUAGUUUGCAACUGAGCCCCUCUGCUUUGUGUGGUUGUCUCUAGACAACUAGUAGGUCCUGAAGAGAAUUUUCAGCAUAGUUUUGCAGUUCUUCUAAUCUGACUGUUUUAUAGGUCCCAAAACAUAAGCAGCAAUAUUAAAGAACCAUUAACAAAAACCAUUCAUGGGCAAAUGAGGAAAAAAGCUGUAGAGCACUUACAGGUAAACAAAGGCAGUUGCAGUAUUUUUCUCUGAAGUAAAAAAAAAAUAAAAA